AUGGACUCCCCAGCCCAAGGUAACCGAACCACAGUGAAUGCCACUCCAAAAGCUGCCGCUCCUAUGAUCUACAUGUGCGGUCGUAAGUACUUUUACUCUUAAUGCAUUGAAUCCUACGUUUAGGCAUCAAAAACUGCCGUUUGGUUCAAAAAAAAAAUAUUGUUUUAGGUAUUGGAAGUAGGUGUAAAAAGCGAAUUCCGUUAAUUUUUUUGGAGUUUUUUUAUGGAUGGAUAGGUUAACAGAGGCACUCGCGUUAAUAAAACAUUGGGAGGAAUGAGAUCUCAAUGGAAUUUAUUGAAUGUCCAUGUGAAUUCCAAGAUUGUAUGCCUAAAACAAUAUGUAGGUUUAAAAAAGCAUAAACUCCAAAAAUUUUAUGAGUUCUUUUCUCCGAAUAGCUUGUUCCUCUCCUGGUCAGUCUAAACCAGUUGAUAUUUUACGGGGUUUUUGCGAAAGGGUCAAACGUCGUACUAUCCUAGGUCAAAGUAAAAGCGGGCGCCUCCGACUAAUUGCAUGGAAACCACGGGGCCUUUUGCAGUAAUUAACUGGUUUCAAUUGUAUUCGUUUAUUAUGGCUUCAAGGAGACCGAGUGGCUUUUUUUAUCUCGUGCCAAACAAUUUUCUUUUGGUUUAGGUGUAGUUUUUUUAGUAUUCGGAAAUGGAAAACUUUAGAAUGUAUAAGGAUUCUCAUGUCGUUUAACUUGCGUCAAAUGAUAUUUUGAGUUGUUAAGUCUUAUUUUCGGUUUUGAUAUUACUCUACCUGUGUGAUUUCAGAAUGUAAUCAGCCCAACGAGAUUCGUCCCAAAGAUCAGAUCCGUUGUCGAGAAUGCGGUCACAGAGUCCUCUACAAGAAGAGAAGCAGAAAUUGUACGUUUCUUUACAUUGUUUUUGUAAAUUUAGGUUGAGAUCACAAUUAUUUAUGACAUCUGAACGAAAGAGUUUUUCAGUGUUGGUAUACGAUGGUCGUUGAGCGAUGACAACUAUUCAAGAUCCUCUCAUCACUGUAAUUAACUAGCCAGUUGUACGUUUGGCUUCUUUGUUAUUUCCGUGAUUUGACGAAUAAAUUAACGGAAACUGAAAGUUGGAUUGGUAUUUUUUUGCGUUUUGGGAAUUAUUAGAUGAUGUUUUUGGGUUGGGUAUGUUGAGAAUUCGAUGGGAGGCUAACAACAGUUUUUUUUCAAAAGAUACUUCUUCAAAAAUUUGCAUAAAUUUAUUUCUCGGGGGAAGGUUUGAGGAGUCGGUCAUUCAAGUAUAUUGAGCCCCAGCGAGCGGUCGAUUCAACGAGCAAUCAAAGGAAUCGGUCAGGAAGAAGUGAGUUGUAUUUCUUGUCGCUUUUCGUGGGGUUCUUCGAUGUUAACUUUUCCAAAAACGGGCUAAAACAACGUUUUCUUGAAUGAAUUUCGUUUUCUUGAAAUCAAAAAGAUUCUGUAGGAUCUGUGGCCGUUUUCAGAGUGACCUCGAUGGAAACUUCAACAACAUCCGACGAAUUGGAAUACGAUCUCGAGGAGUUGGACAUUCUGAGUGCUCACACUGCCAUUCAAUGGGAGGGCAUCGAAGAAGUGCCAUGUGCUUAUCACAAGUUCUACGGCGUUGAUUGCCGUGGGUUGUUUUCGAAAUUUUAGGACGGUGAAAUUGCGUUCGCUCAUUCCCUUUGCAUUGAUGUUAAUUUUUCGAAUUUUAGCUGGUGACUGCACUGCCGGCAACGUCUCCUCGCUGGACACCGACGAGAGCACUAUUUUGCAGCCCGCCAAGCAAGAAAACUUCCAGACGGACAAGAGAGAGCUCCAGGUAAUUAAUGAAAUACAAUUUUUGGGGUUAUUGCCUCAAAAGACGAGAUUUGGAUGUUGUGGAACUGCGGAUAAAUAAAAUAUUUUUUUUAGGCCAAUGCUUCGUUUAGUUCGUUCCGCACUGCCGAUUCGUACAAUACCCAGAGCUUCAUUAGUGUUGGCGAGAUGCGAGCCAGGUUGGGUCCCGGGCCAGAGGACGAACCCGCUAUCAGAGGUAAAAUCGUAUUCAAAAGAUUCCAAAUAUCGUUUUUCAUAGUUUACAUAAGCCUUCCAAAUCCAUUUCAAACCUUGUUGGAGAAUGCCAAUGCUUGGCGGAAAAAUUAGAAUUUGAAAAAAACCUUUUUUUGGACGUUUAAAAUAAUAUUUUUGAGUUUUUAGAGAGACCUCAAGUCCAUUUCAAGUCUUUCUACCAACAACCCGAGCUGAAUGAGCUCAACGAAUAUGGAGAUCAGCCGGAUAAUGGUAAGGAGAUCGUUUUCGACAAGCCCAGUCAGUAUCAAGCCGAAGAUAUGCGAGAUUACACUGUCUGCCACACCCAUCCCUAUUGGCUGAAGGUCCAAAGCUUGUCCAUUGAGGAAUCCCACGACGUCACCGGAGCCAAAUCCGUCUACUUUAUCAAGUGA